UCCCUCUAUCACACACACACGCACACAUCAGGGAUUUUCUUCCUCUACAGUAAAAUCCUUGCACUGACAAUGUGGACACCGGGCAGGAAUAUUGAACCCGUUUCCGGCUUUGUUUGAUCCGCGCGUGCCACUCGGAAAAGAACUGUGAAAGAAAAGAAAAAGAAGAAAAAAAACAGGCAAAGUUCAUCACCUCGAACAGCUCCAUUAUCUGUAGAGCUUCUUUCAUGCGACUCCCUGCGCCGGACUCCGCAGCCAGAAUGAACUGUGAGCAGGACUUCGGAGACGGGGGCAUGAACGUCACUCUUACCCUCAGGUUGCUUAUGCAUGGCAAGGAGGUCGGGAGUAUCAUCGGCAAGAAAGGAGAAACUGUGAAGAGGAUACGUGAGGAGAGCAGCGCACGCAUUAACAUCUCCGAGGGUUCUUGUCCUGAGCGGAUCAUCACCAUCACCGGCCCCACAGAGUGUGUGUUCCGAGCCUUCACCAUGAUCACGAUAAAGCUGGAGGAGGACCUGGCUGCUCUCGUGGCUAAUGGCACAGUCACCAGUAAGCCUCCAGUCACGUUGCGUCUGGUUAUCCCUGCCAGCCAGUGCGGCUCUCUAAUUGGAAAAGGCGGCUCUAAAAUCAAAGAGAUCAGAGAGAGCACAGGGGCACAAGUGCAGGUCGCCGGUGAUCUCCUUCCCAACUCCACAGAACGUGGUGUGACGAUAUCUGGAACCCAAGAAGCCAUCAUCCAGUGCGUUAAGCUCAUCUGCACGGUCAUACUCGAGUCUCCUCCAAAAGGUGCGACUAUUCCAUACCGUCCUAGCCCUUUACCAGGGGCGGUACUGCUCUCUGGAAAUCAGGUUUACGAAGCUUCUGAGUUUGGGUCUCACCCUCUUUUCUCAGUGGCUCAGGGAGCUCUGGAUCUGCAACAAGCAUACACUGUACAGAACCAAUAUGGCAUUCCACAUUCAGAGCUGGCCAAGCUGCACCAGUUGUCCAUGCAGCAGGGUCUGACACCAAUCGCUCAGCCAGCAGCUACAGCCGUCAUGCCUGCAGGCAUGGAGUCCACCGCUCAGACUGCGUCACAGGAGCUCCUCAUUCCAAACGACCUGAUCGGUUCCAUCAUCGGCAGGCAAGGUACAAAAAUCAACGAGAUCCGCCAGGUGUCCGGGGCUCAGAUCAAGAUUGGCAGUCAGCUAGACAGCACCAGUGACAGACACGUCACCAUCACAGGCUCUCCCAUCAGCAUCAACCUAGCUCAGUACCUCAUCACGUCCUGUUUAGAGACCGCCAAAUCCACCGCACAGUCCUCCUCCAUGUCGAGCCCCGUAGAGCUGAACAUGAGCUUCACCCAGCCCGCCUCCCCUGCCUCGUCCUCUGCCGCAGCCCUGGCAGCGAUGGGCGCUCUGCCCCACGCUCCAAUCCUGGGCACCCCCUAUGCCCUCCCCCUCUCCAGCCUCCUGGGAAUGAAAUCUGUCCCCUUCCUGGCACUCUCAGCUCCUGCUGGCACAGCUGCAGCAGCCGCGGCCGCCGCUCCGGCCCACGCCGCUCUGGCAUCCUACACGGCCAAGAUCUCUUCGGCCAACGGAAUCAAGAAACCAGAGCGCCAGAAGUUCGCACCGUACUGACCUUCGUCUUGAAGAGACAAAAAGAAAAAAUUUCACACCUCUGUUCAAACAAAACGGGGAAACCCUCUACUUUUACCUGUUAUAGCCGUGUAGUCAAAAGAGACUUUAUCCUUUUUUGUUUGUUUUGAUAUAGCUUGUUACAUAGCUUGUCCUGAACUUGACUUUACUAAGACAUUAGGACAAUAGCGUAUUUAAAUAGUUCUAUUUAUGUUUUUUGUUUGUUCGUUUUUUUUUUUUUUUCUGGCUGAUGUAGCCUCUAAAGCCAUAGCUUAUUCCUAACCUAAAAAUUUUCUCCCAAUCCUAAUACUCAUCUAUUGUCUGCUCUUAUUUAUUAAUGAUGACAACAUAUUCCCGCAAAAAGACUUUAUACAAUGAGACACUGGUGACUGAUGCUAAACACUUCUGUAUCAGCUUUUAUACAAGAUAUCUGUGUAUGCCUCUGUAUACAAACUUUUCUCAUUUUUUUUAAAUGCUCUAAACUAUAUAUUACAAAAAAUAGAGAAAAAAAAGUUUUUAAAAAGUCUACAGGUUUAAAUGCUCGCUUUGUGUCUUUUUUUUAUGUUUCGUCACAUUUGUUUGAAAAUGGGUUAUUUAUUUUAUUUAUUAUGACUGUUUUUCUUUUAUGAUCAAUGGUUUCCAUGACAACAACCGUUUCCACUCUCAGAUUCUCACUCUUUACUUAUAGAGAUGUAACUCUGGCCUUUUUCUUUUAGAGAGAAUUCAGGUGUGUGUCGAGAAUGGCUGUGGCAUUCAUGCUGAGCUAGGCGACAUAUUGACUUGACUCACACACAUACACACACACACACACACACACCCACUGACAGUGUAACACAAAAGCAAUACCGGACUGAACACUUUGAUUUGACUCAUAAACCCAGGCAUAAACGUGUAUCAAGUGUAGCUCUUCUAAUCACGACUGUUUCCGUUCACCUUGUUUCAGUUCUGUUCGAUUUUGUUGUUUUCAUUCGAAUAAAUAUAUGAAUAUAACUCACUUAUUUUUGUAAAAGCCAGAUCUUAUGGACAAACAUCGCCACGAUAGCUCACCAAUUCAUCUGUUUGAUGUGGUAAAUCUCAGCCCUGUGUACGUGUUUGUCUUUUUAUGUUUCCUUAACGCCUCACAUAGUCAUUUGCAUGAAUUCUACUUGGCGUCUAUGCAAAACAUCUCUCGGUGGUUCAGCGAGGUUUCCUGUGUCACGCCUCAUCGGGAGCUCGAAAUAACCCACGGCUGGGUUGAAGGACUACGCCGAACGCGAGCAAUGAGGCUGAGUGUGCAGAUAUUGAACCGUGCGACUAUAUAUUUGUUGUAUUCUAUCCAUUAUCUCAUUCCAGACAUUAACACAUAAUAACCACCAUUUUAUACUGUAUAAAACGGCACAUGCAUUGCUCUAUGACAUGCAACAUUGCACUUGAACGUGAUAAUUCCACUAUGGCCAAAAUAUGAGUGUGAAAUGUUCAACUGCUUGACUACUCUCUCUCUUUUUUUUCCUUUUUUUUAUUUGCACCCGGGUGUGUCCUUGUGUCAGCCUGGCACAUGUGUGUGAUUUUUGAUUUUGCUCCAUACAUUAAUGCCAUACAAAUGAAUAAAACCAUACUGUAUUAACUCGA